AUGUUAAUGGCCAAUCUAAUGUAAUGAAAGCUGUAACAGGGGCAUUGAAAGAUGCUACUGAUCAUGCAAAGCAGACUGUCAAUGUAGAGGCUAAAUUUCCAAAUGCACAAGCUGAAAGGGAGCAGGGAUUUGAGCAGGGUACUCUGGCACAGGUAAAUACUGUUGUGCCUGUUACACCUAUGGGGAAAGCAGUAGUAAAAGGUGCUGAAGGUUUUGAUCAAUUCAGGACUGCUGCAAAGUUGAAAAAACAUGUUGAUAUUGAUGUUGUAAAUGGUGCAGCUGCUGUCCCUGCUGCUACAGCAUUGGCAAUACAUAAGUCUGUGACUGCAGAUAAUGCUAUAUUGUCCAGUGAUCCUGUGCCUGAUCGUGCUGCAAUAGGGGUUACUAAAGGACCAGGGGAUAGGCAAAGAUUUGAUGAAGUUGGGCAUCGAACACCUAGUGCACAUGUGCUUACUACUGGUGUUAUAACACCAUUAGUAGCAGCUUUUGAUCAUGAGCAAGUUUUAACUCCAACAGGUAUGGCAUCAGCUCAUGGUGGUUCUCUGCAGCAGGAUAUCCAAAAAGCAACUUUUGUUGCUACUAGUGUAAUGGCUAGUAGAAAUACAGCAGCAAAUGGAUCUGCUAACGUUGGUGCAACAGCUAUGCAGGCAAAUGCUACUGCUGAUGUUGUAUUAGAUAUUACAGGCUUUAAACGUGAGGCAACACCAAGAACCAGCCAUCCAAAAAUACCACAAAGUGUACAACAAAAGCAGAAAUUAGAAGUUUCAGAUGCUCCAGUAAAUGGCUCAAAUCGAAUGAUGCCAAGGAGUAAAGCCUGGGUAGAUCGAGCUGAGUAUGAAGAAGAGGAACAUUGGGAAAAUGGUGUGGAUGAUGAGCUUGAUGACUCCAUUGAACAACAAUCUGGGAAGCAGCAGCGACGCAGUCAAGAAGCUUCUUAUGCUCAUAAUCAUUCUCCUGGAAUGCAACAACAACGUGCACGCACUCAAUGUGAUGCACUACUUCAUCCAAAUGCAGGACAACAACAACAUUUUCCUACUAGCUUCAUGACUGGACAGCAGAAGCAGACUACAGGCAGUCUACAGAUUGAAACGAGCACAGUGGUUACUAGCUCGAAGGCAAAGGCAGCAAACAAGAAAUCUGGAAGGCAGAAGCAGCAAAUUGUGAAGACUCCUACUGCUAUUUGUGAUCGACAUAAAGAAGCACCAAAUCCGGGACAACAACAGCUAAUUGAAAACAGUCCACAGUCAGUAAUUCAGGUGCCAAAAGAUGGACAGCAACACAAGGAUAGAGUUUGGCUCGACGCGAUGCAGCAACGAAAUGGCACAAAUGUACCUGAAGCCAACUCGAUUGUAGUGCUAGACGCAAAUCAAUCUGGGCAGCAACAGCUUGAUCCAAACAAUUCACCUAUUAUACAUACUUAUGGUCGAAAAGCAACAACAAUGUCCAAAUUGGCCUUGAUAGUCCUAUAGGUCAUCGACAAGUCACAUCACCAACAUCUGGACAGAAGCAAAUUGCUACAACUAGUCAAGUUAUGUCAGACGAUGAGAGAAUUUAUUUGGAAUCACUGCUGAGUGUCAAUGCUCCACAAUCUGUGAAUUUGGGGAUAAACUUGAAUUUAGCAAAAGAGGACGAUCCAAUUUUUGCACUGUGUAGGCAACAGGAUUUAUCACCCUCGCUCAUCGGACCAAAUCACAACAUUCGUACAAGAGAUAAAAGCUGGGAAGGCAAGGUGAGUGACGGAGGAAUUGUUAGGCGACCUCCAAUGAGAGUUGCCAAACAAAAGCAGGCUGCCCCAACUACUUCUACAAGGUCCAACCGUUUAAAAAGGAAAUGAUGAUUUUUGAAUACAUUUUGCACACAGUUGAGGGAAUCGACAAAGAAUUACAAAUUGAAGAUUUUACAAGUUUGGAAAAGAAGGGACAAGAAUCAAAUGGGUACUACAUUUUAUUUUACCACUUUCUUAGUAUCCUCAUCUGUAAUAUCAUCACAGAGUAUGUUAUAAACUCUGUGAUGAUCAUAGAAUAUUUGGUCCUUUCAAGUUCAUAUUUUUUACAUGCUUCGCGAGGCUAUUGUAUGCCUCAAUAGGAUUAGUAAGGCAAGGUUUAGCCCGGUUUGUGUUGCCUUGGUCCUAUGCCUUUGGAAAUUAUC